AUGAUGCUCAGCUCCUCCAAGUUGGCGCUCUUCGCCAUUAUGGGCUUCAGCGCUCUGUCCAUGGCCGUUCCCAUGGCCGCGGUCGAUGUCGAGGCCCGCGAGGUGGAAGCGUAUGGCGCUGCCAUCGAAGAGGUCGCUGGUCCGGCCAUGAUUGCCCGCGAUACCGAGACUGGUGCCGAGACUGAUGCCGACGCCGAGGCCGCCACCGACGCUGGUUUCGGCAAGGGGAAGGGGAAGGGCAAGUUCCCCGGGAAGGGUGGGUUCCCCGGAAAAGGCGACGGUGCCGGGUUCCCGGGCAAGGGCAAGGGGCAUGAGCACGGGAAGGGUGGCAAGGGGAAGGGCGGAUUCCCUGGCAAGGGGAAGGGCGGAUUCCCUGGCAAAGGGAAGGAUGAUGGCCCCGGGAAAGGGAAAGGCUUCCCGGGUAAGGGAAAGGGUACCCCGAGUGGAGCCCCUGAGAUUCCCCAGCCCUCUGGAGGUCCUAGCGGCGACGGACAUGCCCAUGGACACGAGUAA